GCGGCGCGCGCGCUCACCCACCUCCCACCCUUUUCCCCGCCCACUCCCGCUCCCCUCCCCAAACGACGGUGGCCGCACUGGGAGGAAAAGCGCCUAACGCACGUUCGGUCGGGAAGAGGCGGGCCGCAAGCCUGGGCGGGGCAGGCGGGCGCCGCGCGUGCGCAGAGGUGUGGCCGGGAAGGUGCGCUGAGGCUGGAGUUGGAGGCGCGGCGCCUGGGAGAAAAAAAGAAAAUCCCUCUCCAGUUUGGAAGCCGUAAAAUGUAAAACACAGGAGCUGUCAGCAGCCAUGUGUCCUGCCAUGCGGAACCAGCUGGUCUGCAGUGAAAAGAAUGAAGCCGACAUGCAGAAAGCAGCAGAGAACCAUGUGUGAUCAGUACUGCAUCUCCUUUGCUGAUGUUGAAAAAGCACAUAUCAACAUUCGAGAUUUUAUCCACCUCACACCAGUGCUAACAAGCUCCAUUUUGAAUCAAGUAACAGGGCGCAAUCUUUUCUUCAAAUGUGAACUCUUCCAGAAAACUGGAUCUUUUAAGAUUCGUGGAGCCCUUAAUGCAAUCAGAGGCUUGAUUUCUGCCCCUUCAGAAGAGAAGCCCAAAGCUGUUGUUACUCACAGCAGUGGAAACCAUGGCCAGGCUCUCUCCUAUGCUGCCAAAUUGCAAGGGAUUCCUGCUUAUAUUGUAGUGCCCGAAACAGCACCCAACUGUAAAAAAUUGGCGAUACAAGGCUAUGGAGCCUCUAUAGUAUACAGUGAACAAAGCGACGAGUCCAGAGAACAUAUUACAAAAAGAAUUGUGGAAGAAACAGAAGGCAUCAUGGUACAUCCCAACCAGGAGCCUGCAGUGAUCGCUGGGCAAGGGACAAUUGCCAUGGAAGUCCUAAACCAGGUUCCCUUGGUAGAUGCACUGGUGGUACCUGUAGGAGGAGGAGGAAUGGUUGCUGGAAUAGCAAUUACAGUUAAGGCUCUGAAACCUAGUGUCAAGGUAUAUGCUGCUGAACCCUUGAAUGCAAAUGACUGCUACCAAUCCAAACUGAAAGGGGAACUGACCCCCAAUCCCUAUCCUCCAGAAACCAUAGCAGAUGGUGUCAGAUCCAGCAUUGGCUUAAACACCUGGCCUAUUAUAAGGGACCUCGUGGAUGACGUCUUCACUGUCACAGAGGAUGAAAUCAAGUAUGCAACCCAGCUGGUGUGGGAGAGGAUGAAAUUGCUUAUUGAACCUACAGCUGGUGUUGGAGUGGCCGCUGUGCUGUCUAAGCAUUUUCAAACAGUUUCCACGGAAGUAAAGAACAUUUGUAUUGUGCUCAGUGGUGGAAAUGUAGACUUAACUUCCCUAACUUGGGUGAAGCAGGCUGAAAAGCCAGCUCUUUAGCAAUCUGUUUCUGUUUAAUAUGUGCAAAAGGAAGAAAAGGGAUUCAGUGUCUAGACACUUGGAAAUUUUGUCUCCUGGUCAUUGUCAACUUCCUAUCUUCCCCUCUCAAAGAGCUUUCAAAAUCCUAAUGGAGAAUGUAUAUUUCAGUAAGUUUUAAUAGUUUUUUGGACUAAGUUGCAAUAGAAAAACAUCCAUACUUAACUGAGAUACCUUGUCAAGGCCAAGAAAAGUCUUCUGCUAAAAGGAGCAGGAGACCUUAAGUAGGCUUAAGUAGAAAACGUAAACUGCCCAGUCACAACCUACAGGCUCCCAACCCUAGAGUGCUAACUAGUAGCAAUGAGACAGAAUCCCACUGAAUCCAUUAUUCCAUGUCCAUUUCAGGCACUGUUGAAGAAAUCUCACUUUUCACCCAAGGUACUGGUUCUGGUACAUAUGGAUCAUAAGUCCAUUUGGGGAAAACUCUUUUAUAGAGGUUCAUCAGUACUGUGUCCUGAGAUUUUAGCUUCCCAUCAAAACUGCACUUCAUGUGGCCAUGAGUACCUACAAAGAAAACAGCACGAGUUGGUCAACUUUAAUAGGAAAUUUUAAAGCAGUGGUCUAACCCAACAGUCAUUUAGUAGCACUGGGGAAAUCUAGACAAGAUCCCAAAUCCCACAUUCUCUUACCUAAAGGCUCCUUGAUGUGUCCCCUACGGCCCCACUUUGUUCUCAGUUCCACCGGUUUAAACCACAGCACAUCCUCUUAGAAUCAAACACACAGAAGACCAAGAUGAAAUAUUUAUCCAUAAUAUAUAAAUCCAACCUUCAUCCCACAAAGGCAAUUGGAUCCCAUCCGUUACACCUACCUCUGUUGAAGAACAUGUAACGCACCACUGCCAUCUUAGUAAAAAUUUUGAAAGGAUGACCACUCAGAACAACUCUCUUGAUGACCAUUCUGUCUGGAUCCACUGACAACAGAUGGCCUGUGGCAAUGAGGCUGUGCAUUCCUAAGGGGCAAAAGCAGGGCAGCAGGAGUCCAUAGGUCAAAGCCUUCAUUUAUUGUCCAGUCCAUUUAAAGACCUAAUGCGAGAUCUUAGGGAAACAAAAUAGGGAUGUACUAUGCUGCCCCUCCUGGGUUCAUGGCAAAGAUCACUAAGUGAUAUCCCUGCUGAGCCUAUCCUCAGAACCCACCCUAAAUACAGCACUCUGAGCAGCCUCUACCAAUUAGCUAUGGUUUACAAGCAAGGUAAAACCCCAUUUGUCAUCCUCGCCUCAGACCCAAUAUGAGGCUGAGAUUGGGAUAUUUUGAAAAUCAUCAUUACCUUUUUUGUGCCAUUUGGCCCCCAAAUUUAAAUACAGAAAGCAGUUAAUCUUAUUA